AUGACGACAACAAUGGAAGCUUCAGUUACAGCAGUCGAGAAAAUAAUCAGUUACAAAUUCAAAAACAAGAAGCUUCUAGAAGAAGCCCUAACCCACACUUCAUAUCCAGAAUCCGUUUCAUACGAACGUCUCGAAUUCGUCGGCGACGCCGCAUUAGGUCUGGCCAUCAGCAACCAUCUUUUUCUCACUUACACCUCCGUUGACCCACGUCAACUCUCUCUUCUCCGUUCUGCUAAUGUCAGUACGGAGAAACUCGCACGUGCCGCAGUUCGUUGUGGUUUAUACCGUUACGUUCGUCAUAAUACGUUUUGUAUUGUUGAUAAGAUUCGUGAGUUUGUUGAGGCGGUUGAGAAAGAGAAGGAUUUUUCUGUUGUGGUUUAUGGUGGAUCGGUUAAAGCUCCGAAAAUUCUGGCGGAUGUUAUGGAAUCUGUUGCUGCUGCUGUUUAUGUUGAUGUUGAUUUUGAUCUUCAGAAAUUAUGGGUGAUAAUAAGAGGUCUUUUGGAGCCAAUAGUGACACUGGAUGAUCUGGAACAAACACCGCAACCGGUGACAAUGCUCUACGAGAGCUGCCAAAAGAGUGGUAAAUUUCUUGACAUAAGACAAUGCAGGGAUGGUGCCAAAAGCACUGCCAGUGUCUAUGUUGAUGGAGAGUUGGUUGCAUCCGCUUCCUCUGAUCAAAGGGACAUUGCAAAGCUUGAUGCUGUCAAGAUUGCUUUGCAAAAACUAGAACCUGUACUGCCUACCAUUCCCAUGACGUCGGACUAUUGUGCCGGCCUUGAUGGUCCAUUUGAGAUUAAAGGAGCCAAGCAGAAGUUAUAUGCAAUUUGUGGGAUGAAAAAGUGGCGUAAACCAGGAUACAGCACUGAGAAAGAUGAAGGUACUUCUCAGAACAAGAAAUAUGUUGCAUCUGUUCUGAUAGGCACUCCGGUUGGUAGACUCAAAAUGUUAGGCGAUGAAAAGUCUCGGCUGAAGGACGCACAUAACUCUGCAGCUUCCUUGAUGAUUCGGGCCUUACAACAAGGCAAGUAUAUCUGACAACUUGUGAUGUACCUGUACCUAUGCAUUGUAGGUGACCAUUGUUGUAUUCAUUUUUUAUGGUGUUGUUGUAACAUUUUUCUAGUAUGUCUCCGGCCUCCUAAUGUAACAUUUUUAUGAUAUUCCAUUUUUUAAAUAAGUGAACAUUAUUUUGAUUACUUUACUAAUCCUAUUGUUAUGAAUAAAGAUUGUCC